GGUUAUUAACAACAUGUGAAAAACAAUCUUUUUUUUUUAUUGAUAAUAAACGUGAAUAUAAUCAACGUGAACAACAACAAAUAUGGUUUCAAAUUGAUUGUGAUUAUAGAAUUAAAAAUGCUAUUCAAUUUGGUACGAAUGAAAGAAGUAUUAUUAUAAGAACAAUACGACCAAGUCAAAUAAGACUUUAUCAUUUUUGA